GCGCGAGGACGCCGGCGGCGCGCGGGAGAACGCGGAAGGGUGCGCGCGCGGACGGCGAAGCGAGCGCGCCGCCGACGGGUGCCGCGGCGUGGCGACCGUGAGCUCCGAGGUUGCGGCCUUCCCCGCUGCCGCCGCCAGCCCAAGUUUGAGCGUCGUCUCGAGCAGUUGGCGCGCGCGCGCGGUCCCGCCACACGACGACGUCGACGGAGAGCGGUCCCCGCUGACGGCCGAGCGACUUCGAUUUCCGAUUACGGCACAUCGCGGGCUCACUUUUUGACGACGACGCAGGAGGAGGUGUCGGCCACUUGUGGGAGCUCCAGGGUGCUGCAAUGUGCCGAGUGCUUGGCCCGCUAGCUCGUGAGCCGCAGCAGCCAUUUGCACACUCAACUCUCUGGCCCCUCUGAGGGAGUGCCAACAUGGAAGAGCCCCAACCAGAAAUGGCCGCCACUACAACCGCCACUACCACCACAACUACCACCAUCAAUAACAACUCGGACUCGGAUGCCAGCCCUGGCCGGAGUAGCCCAGCAUCUCAACAAAGUGAACCUGGCAGCCGAGCAGCCCCAGAUGCAGCAGCCACUCGACCAGACGUGCCAGCAGCAGCCGCUGGUUUGAGUCGGCGUCGCAGAGCAGCUGACUGGGAAAUUAUGCAGGGGCUGCGCACAGGCCAGCGCUGUGAUGACAAGCCAAAAAAAUUUGAGGGCUACCUGCUUAAGCGCCGCAAGUGGCCACUUAAAGGAUGGCACAAGCGUUUUUUUUGUCUUGAGAAGGGGAUCCUAACGUAUGCAAAGUCUUCAACAGAUAUGGCAAAAGGCAAAAAUCAUGGGUCAGUUGACCUUGGGCUUUCUGUAAUUUCCACCAAAAGCAAAGGGCGGCGAAUUGACAUUGAUGCUGAGGAAUUUAUUUAUCAUCUAAAGGUAAAAAAUCAAGCGCAGUUCCAGCAAUGGGUGUCUCAGCUGCAGCACCACAGGCUCUACCGACAGCAUGAAAUUACUUUUGGUAGCCGGGAGGCACCCAAGAUGACCUCUCCUGCUGCCGAGGACUCUGGCGGUGUUCCAGGGGGCAAUGGACCAUCAGGAUUCGAGCUCAGCAGUUUGCCCUCAGCUAUGCUGCUUGAUAAUUCUCGUCUAGUUCGUAGCCCGUUAAACCAGCAGCAGAGUCGUGUGGCUGCUUGGAUCCUGGACUCGUCGGCUAUUGACCAUGGGAACAAAGAUGCUUCAAUGCUCCAAGAGAAGCUGUUCCAUUUAUCGAAUCUACUGCAGCUGAUUGAAAACAGUCCAGGCGCAAUGUCUUCAAAUUACCUUGAGAUCCCUGAGAUGGAGCAUGUAGUUGGAGGUCAGAAGAAAGAUCGCAAGCGGUUCCACCUGAAGCGCAUUCGAAGAGGCAAAAAGGACUCUGAGCCAGGUGUUGCAAGCAAAGGGGGCAGCAGUGGGAGCAGCAGCAGCGGGAAGCCACCACUCAAUGUGGAAAUAACAGUGUCACAGGAUGCAGCUGGCACUAAUGAUAUUUUUGCCAGCAUGGACAACCUGACGGAAGCAAAUCGCUCUGAAAAGUCGGAUGGACCUGCAAUGCUUUCAAUUCGGGACAUGGGCUACCUGAGUUGUUCACACCCUUCAUUGGCAUCAGAUGGGACACUGGUUGGCCCUGUGCCCGACAGCACUGCUCUGGCUGCAUACUGUUCAUACGACACUACGGGUGUCUUCAAGCACAUGGAGCAGUUUCUCUCUCUGGCUAAGGAAGUGCAUUCGGGCCUGCGAACCAUGCUACGCAGCUUACAAACCGAGCGGGAGCGCCUCAAGCAGCAUUUGGAGUCGGAGAGCGCUGCCAGCUGUGGCAGCAAUGUUGCAUUGAUUGCAAACCUUAAGAAUGCACUGACACAGGCGGUUCAGCAGAACUAUGAGCUUCGAACCUGCCUUAAGAAGAUCCAUGAAGAGACUGAUCCAUCAGCUUUCCCAGCACCUGAUGGAUCUGCUGCAGAAAGUUUUGAUGAGCCAACGCUUGUGCAUCAACCUGUGCAGCAGUCGGUGUCACACGAGAGCUCGUCUGCACUGUCAACAUCGGAGUUCUUUGAUGCAGCUGAAAAGUUGUCACUGAGCAGCUCUUCUUCAGAGGAAGAAGAAGAGGAGGAAGGCAGCUUUUGCAGCGAGGUGUCUGAUGACGGCACUGAAUAUGCACCCGGUGCUGAGGGCAACCUCAGAGACCGCCCGCCACUGUCUCAGGGGCGCCGUUCAAAGCUGCCAGCUCCCAAACCUGAUGCAGGUGAUACAAGCCUGUGGAACUUAUUGUGUAAAAACAUUGGCAAAGAUUUGUCCAAAGUGAGCAUGCCGGUGACCAUCAACGAGCCCCUAAACAUGUUACAAAGACUGUGUGAGGAACUGGAAUACAGUGACCUGUUAGAUAAAGCAGCUGCAACUGAAGACCAUUAUGAUCGAAUGGUGUGCAUAGCUGCAUUUGCGGUCUCUGGCUACAGCUCAUCCUAUCAUCGAGCUGGGCACAAGCCUUUCAAUCCACUGCUCGGAGAAACUUAUGAAUGCAUUCGAGAGGACAAGGGUUUCCGUUUCAUUGCAGAGCAGGUGAACCACCAUCCACCCGUUUCUGCCUGCUACGCAGAGUCUAAGAACUACAAGUUUUGGCAAGAUGUUAGGAUCAAAACCAAAUUUUGGGGAAAGUCUAUGGAGAUCCUCCCAGUGGGCUCUGUUCACCUCGAGUUGUUGAGCUCUGGAAGUCACUACCAAUGGAAUAAGGUGACCACAUGUGUGCACAACAUCUUUAGUGGCCAGCGGUGGGUGGAUCAGUAUGGGGAAAUGACAAUCCGAGACCUGACCCAUGAUGUGACCUGCAAGUUGACUUUUGUAAAGGCCAGCUAUUGGUCUGACAAGCGCCAUGAAGUCUUUGGAACUGUGGUCAACAAGCAGGGAGACGUUAUUUGCAACCUCUCAGGGCAGUGGACCGAAGCAAUAUACUGUGGUGUUGCCCCUGCAGCAAAGUGCGUCUGGAGGCCUGGAGUGAUGCCCGAGGACUAUGAGCUGUACUAUGGUUUCACACGGUUUGCCAUUGAACUCAAUGAACUUGACCCACAAGUGGCUAAACUGUUGCCUCCAACUGAUUCAAGGUUCCGGCCAGACCAAAGGCUGUUAGAGGUUGGCAACAUUGCUGCAGCUGAAGCAGUCAAGUCUCAACUGGAGCAGAGCCAGAGGGAACGACGAAAGCAAAGGGAAGAAGAGGGCGUUGAGUAUCAGCCAAUGUGGUUCAGAAAGGAGACAACGAAAGAUGGCAAGGAGCACUGGACUUACACUCACAAAUACUGGGAGACUCGCACAAACCCUGGCUUCGGCAGCAUCUCAUUUCCAGAAAAGCUUUGGGAUCCUCUUUAACAUAACAGGGCUCACUCACGCACAGUGCCAGAGUGGUGGUAGUAGUACAUGUGGAUCUUUCUUGUUUUUUUUAUUUGUUGAUGUUACAUUCUUUUGUUGAUGUGCAAGUGCACAAUCGGCAUUUUGCAUUAUUUUCCACCUUUAUUUGCACUGCUUGUUCUUUUUCUACUCUGAGGGUGUGCGCCUGAAUUCAUUGUGUCACUAACUGUAUAAGUGGCAUUUUGUUGUUUCACAAGGUGACUACCUCCGGUACAGUGCACACAUCGAAGCAUGGUAUACUCAAGUCUUUGUUGUUUAUUGAUUGAUGCUUAUCUGUUUGGCGCACAUAUCAUGCAUAUUCGGUGCAUUUUAAUUAGUGUUAAUGCUGCUCCUACCCAUGGACUUUCAUGCUGGCAGAAGGACUCCUGCUGGCAGGUGAUAAUUGCUGGGGCAUUCUAGUUGUGUGACGCUUGUGAGUUUUGUAUACUUUUCAAGUUUUAAAGUAUAUAUAUGCCGCUUCAGAUUGUUCUGUUUGGUGACUUUGACCUUGUAGUACCUUUACCAGGGGUCUGCAAAUAUUGAAUUAAUUUUGAUUCUUUUUUUAUGCUUUGGUAUUAAUCCAGAGUAUGCUUGCCUGAAAAACACAGAAGAACUUGAUUCAUAUAUUAUAUAUACCAUUUGGACUGGGGUACCAGUAGGCGUGUUAAAUAGAAGGUGCCUGCUUUGUGAAGUAGUCAUUGAACUUUUAGUAGAACAGCAUUUUUUCUCAAUUUCACAUAUUGAUAAUUUAUCAUUGUUGAACUGGUUCUGGGGAAAAAAAAUAAAUAAAAAAGUGUGAGACAUUGCUGUAAAGUGUCACAUCUUAGAAUUGUAAAUACAACGUGAUAGCUUGUUAUGUACUUUUACACUUUGUAUUGUAGAACCAACAAUGCAAACGAACCAACAAGCUGAAGACAUUCAGGAGAGAGUCACUAUGCUUGUCAGGUUUUUUGCAUGCUUGUUUUCUGAAACUCCCAGGGUCAUGACAUUUGGGAGUAAUUUUUGUAUUGUUCAGUACUUGUGGAAGCAAUGGCUUAGUCAGUGAAACAAGUGAGGUGGUGUGUGAUUGCAUGCUUAUGCUUAUGGACGUUCCAUGUUUGUCUCACGUUUUGAAUGAAUGGAUAUAGAAUCAUUGAAUCUAUAGUUUGUAUCAAAAUGCAUUGUCACAGAGUUAUUGAGUUGCACAUUCAAUUCCUGGCCUUAAGAGGGGCGGAAAGCAAAAACGGCCAAGUACUUAGGUUUAGUAAGAGAGUGGCGAUGUGGGCUUGUUGGUUGUUCACCUUGAGAGUUGUAGCGCAGACUUAGGUUCACAUUAAAAAUGUGAAGUGGUCAAAAUGAAUAUAAAGCAUUUCACUACAGGAUUUGUCAUAGGCCAGGUAUUGCUUUUGGGGUGUUAAACCUAUCAAUCAAUCAUCACAUAAAUAUUAGUUUUUUUUUUCUCUUUUAUGAUUUAGGCAAGUAAUUUUAUAUUCAAUGUAAACUUGGAUCUUUACUUUCUGUUGACAGUGCUUCAGAAAAACCACAAUUUUGAUAUUUGCACACCCCUGGUUUAUGGAUACCGUUUGAGCGGCCAGAUUUUACGGCACAUUGAAGCAAUGUGUUUGUAUUAUUUGUUAUAAGAAUUUUAUCAUUUACUCGCUGCCAUGUCAUGAGAUGCCAAGGACUACAUUCUGCAGUGCUGGUGCGUGAAAACUACUUUGUCAGGUUUGGGUUGCUGUUGAGACCCUCGAGUUUGCCUUAACAUGUGGGACAGUCUUGACCAGGUGCACUGACUGGCCCACGUUCUUACCUAGCCAUGUACCAUCCCGAUACAUGUGAUGCUUCCAUAUAUAAGUAGGCAGGCAGAGUUCAAUGUCUAUACUGCGGUAGUCUUUCGCUCUGUAUAAAAACGAGAGGCAGCCACUCUUAUACAUAGAAAGAUAUCCCAUCUAGAAUUAAGUUCACUUUUUUUUUUCUCCUGGUGUUGAUAAAGGGGCCCUAAAACACCCUCGCCCUCUUUUUCCCAGGUGUCUGUCAUUUUGCGAUCUUUUAACGAUAUUGCAUUGCUGUGCAUUCAAUGAAAGUUGCAAUCAGUUGGUUUCCUUAUAUGGGAAUGUACAACAUGUUUGCAAGUGCAUUGAUACGAGGUUAAAAAUAAAUGGGUUCACAGUAUUCAUCUUGAGGAACUUGUAUGUGUCUCCCUUUGUAGCUGCGUGCUACUUUCAGAUAUAUGGCAAUUUUCUCUUGCUAACAUCUUCCACCUUGCAAAUUUCUGCGUAACUGAUUUGGUUUUUAAGUUUUUCCUAUGCUUCUAGUUGUCAAAUAAUUCACCCUUGUCCUGCCAUCUGCUAGCCUAUCAGUUAGAUUAGGUUGGUAAAAUGACUUUCCUCAAAAGGCAGUAGUCUUAGGUUUUAUCCACGAAGCAGGACAAUUUUUUUUUUUCAACUGCGAAGCUUUCCUUCCAAUUAACCCGUAUGGGGUUCCUUGGUAGCUUCAUGCUACAUUCACGUGGAUACCAACUUUCUCUUGCAUGAUUAUACAUGGCUGUGUGACCAGCUGAAGGGGUGCCUUGGUCCUGCCCCUAUUCAGUGCGCUUGUGAUGACAAGAGGAAACGAAAAGCCUGAAUGACAAAGACUGUAGCAUCAGUGAAAGGUGUUUCAGGGCCCCUUUAAAAGCUGCUGUAUGUAGCAGUUCUAGAGACAGAUUUAAUAGGGCUAGGCAUUGCUUUCCUUUUUUUGUUUUACUUGCUUUGGCAGUUGAUUUAAUUGUUUUAUGCUUGUAACCUUCAGCUGAAUCCUGCAGGCAGGUAUGUCAGUUGUAGUUAUACAUUCAUUUUGAAGUGAAUUGUGUUUUAUGAGUAAAAGGCCACUUCAUGUGGCUGUGUAGUGCUUCUUAGUCCAAGGAAUGUGGGUGUGCCAUUAAGCCAUGAGACACACAUUGCAGACACUGUGAUUUGUUGAAGUGUAGGCAGGCAGAGGAAACUGGAAUGCUGUCUCCAAAAAAUAAAGUUGCACACAAGCUGAAAUGUUUCAUAAAUAGAAGCAAGUGGCAAUAGAGGUAGUGCCUCAUGACGAGAGAGAGCCAAACAAACAAUUUUAUUUGCACAGUCCGCUUGCGGAAAGGGUGCUACAGUCCCGUGAGCAUGUGGAGCACUGGUGACUUGAAUGCAUUUGUGCAGUUGAGUCAGUAAUAAUGGCAGUAAUAAGAAAACAUCAGUAAUAAUAUAUAUAGUGUUAACUUGAUGUGCUCUAAGCUUCUAAGGUGGAUUUUACGUGACUAUUGUAUAUUUAAAAAAAAAAGAAAUUGCUGGUACAGGUUGGAGAUACAAAGGGUAUUUUUGUCUAUGUGCAUCCAAUUCAGUUUCUCUACUUGACUGUCUAUUGGGCAGUGGUAUGUUACAUUUAGGUCUGCUGAAGCAUCUCUUCCUUUUGUAGAACCAUUUGUCCCUGCUUUUUGGCAGAAGCAGGUAAACUAACUGCAGAAAAAUGCACCUAUUGUGUUGGACAAUGUUACUUAAGGUGGAUAUUUUUCCUGAUCUUGUCACAUUUUAAACAUUACUUUUUCGAGCAUUUGCUUAGUGAUGUAUCUACUAUGCAUUACCUAAUUAUUUAUAUUGUUGCAAGGUAUGCUGAGGGCAAAGGUAUGGGAUCAUGUUGAUGGUAACUGACUUAGUCAGCAAAGUUCUACGUGCAGUUGGUUUGUUCAUGCAUAGAACUGUUCGAGUUACUUUCAUUAUUAGGUGCUGCCCUUAGUACUCCUGUAACAAGGGGGGAAAAAAAGUGUGCAUAUGAUACGAUUGUUGCACUGUCUUUGUGUUGUGUUUUGUUUGUACAUUUGUGACAAUCAGAAAUAGUGAUGCAUCAUGAUGACUAUCAGGACAUGCUGUAGACAAUUCUUGGCAUGCUUUGACCAAAGUUAUUGUCAAGUGAUGAGUAAAAGCUUGCUUAAGCUACUGUAAGAGCUUUAGUGAUGCUUAAUCAUGUUUUGCUUGCUUUUUUUUUUCUCUCUCUCUCUCUUUGGAGCGCAUUUGAUUCUAACAGACUCUUGCCUAGUAUUUACUUGUUGAGUGGCAACUGUUGCAGUUCUGAAUGCUGAGAAAUGAAAAUGUACGAAAGAAUUUGCGUCCACGGUCCCUGUGAAAGGCGACACCUCUGCUUGUCAAGUGAUAUACCUGAACUUGUAAAGCUCUUGUGAACAGGCAUGUGUGGGGGCUUUUGUACUGUUAAAGAGAGCAAGUAACAAUGAAGGCUUGUGGUUUUUGUUUGCAAGAGGCGCAUGCUUGCAAGCCAAGGUCUGUAUACACUAAAAAAAAGUUUACAUCUUCCACACUUCUUGCUGUACCAUGGUGCCACUGUGAUGAUGGAAGUUGUUGCACUGCAUAUCCCUCUGAAUCAAAGUCUAGCCUUCUGUGCUCUUGGACAUCCGUGCAGUUGUUUUUGUCUUUAAAAUGCUUGUGCAAGCUCAAAACAUAUUUUGGUAGCUGCACUCAUUGCAUUUUCUGAAUGGCCUAAAUGUGAAUCAAAGGCUGGUCCUUGUGGCUUCUUCUUUGAAGUAGCAAGCACUUUUAUUCUCUUACUAAAAAAACUGUAAAAUAAUUUGCAUUCCCAUUUGCUGUCCUAGCUGGCAUUUGUAUAAAGGUAAGGUGCACGAGUGUGGCUUUCCACCCAGCAGGUAUGGAGAUUAGUAUGACAGGGAUAAUGUAUUCUUGCACAUUUUGGGGCCUUUCUGGCUCAAUAUGUUUGUGUGCCACAUUUAAUUUUAUUAGUUCUUACGUUUUCCUAUACACUGGUUCUUUUAAGUGGCACAUUAUGUGUAAUUCGGCUUAAGGUGUAAAUUCACCAGUGUGUUCCAGUUUCAUUAUGGACUGAAUAAGUUAAUGUUUUCUGGUGCUUUUCAAGUUUUAUAGUGUUGAAAUGUUUUUAUCUAGUAGUUGUGAGGAUAGAAAUAUUGUGCCACCCUGGCCUUGUUGGAUGUGGUGUAGCAAUUUAUGGUGCACCUUGCUUGUUUGCUUUACUGCUAAGUGCAGUAAUGACUCAGAAACACCUUGAUUACUGAAAAGCUAGAUUAAUGAGGAGUGUUUAUGCUUAGAAAGAGAUGCGGAUUGUCAACUGUGGGAAGAAAAAAAAAAGUAUAGACUGACGUUUUUUUUCAAAUAUUUGUUAUCAGCAGCUAGCGGUUAAGAACUCUAGUUUAGUAAGUUUAUUUCCCUGUGUGAAUACUGAGCAUAGCAUGGUUUGUAUAACAAGGUUCUAGCUUAAUGAGGGUUGUACUGCUUAGUGAGUGCUGGAUGGGAUUCCAUCUUCCUGGUUUUGUGCGUACAUUUAUAGGCCGGAACAGGCCUUCAAGAUAUUUUUCUGGAGACCACCAUGUUUCAAGCUGAGCCAUUUGCCAACUGAUCGUUAAAGUUCUUACUUUGCAAUUUUACAGUGCUUGUUUAGGCCAGCAUACAUCUUUUUCUUGUGAGAAUGUCACUCACACUUAGGUCAUAAAAUAUUUGAUCCAGGUGAAUUGUCAUACUGGUUAAUUGACAUACAGCUAUGAGGUGUACCUGCUAAAGUGCUGGAUAUGUUAAUAUUACAUAAAUUGUUCAUGACUUACAUAGAAUAUAUCUUUGCCCACUUGUGGCAUGUGAAACAGUUUGAGUGGCUUAUUGCACUUUGGAUGUUAAUGUUACAUCUGAUUGCUUGACUCUUUGGGCCAAAGUAUAGCUAGGCAGUGAUGGGCACCAACUACUUGUAUGUAGUUACCCUUCUGUGCCGCCCUUUCUUGUAGUUUCGACAACUAGUUUACUACUUUUCAAGCAGUGUAGUCAGGACGACCUAAUGACUACUUUCUGGGCAUUGCAGAAGCCUUCAUUGUUAGGCAAUCCCCGAGUACUGGGUUUUGCACUAGCUUACUAAAUGGUGCAAAAUGUCACAAACACCGACACAAGCUUCAUAUCUGUUAUAUAGCUGUAAGAUUUUGUCGCAGAAAACAUUGGAAGGCAUGUUGUGCACACAUAAAGGGUGUUUGUCCAGGCACCUACUCAGCAUUGGUUUAUGGCAGCAAGGGUCAUGACAUUUCUUGCAUUUUGAAUAACCUUUUAUUUUUGCAUAAUCAAGGGCCAGUGGCAUGUAUGGUAGCUUCAAAGUAAUCAUAAUAUUAAUAAAAUUUUAUUACAAACAAAGCUAAAAUUAUACAUUAGUGAGCUGAACCAGUGUAUGCAACUUAUUUUAUGACAUAUGCCUAUGUGGUGUCAGCGUUAGUAUUUAAGGUAAUGUACUCCACUAAUUUGUUCCUAUGUGGCACAAGUAAGCAUGUCCUGUAAGACACCUUAGCUCUGUUAUCAUCUAUCUGUAGCUUGAAUGGCAAGCGCGUGCUUCAGUGUUUUGACAGAAUUUAGGCAGAACUUUACGCAAAGCUGGUCAUUAUAUAUACUGUUUCAUCUGGAGUCCUGCUUAGUUGCCAUGGUGUGUUAUAAAGGUAUUGCAGAUUUGAUCCCAUUUAGCAUAGGGGUGGGAAGGAAUGUGAAAUGAAAUUUCUCCCAUACAGGGUAGGGUGGGUAUCUUCCAUUGUAUUUUCAGGCUAUGCUAGUGAAGUACUCCACAAGUAUUCCAUACUAAGAUAGCCUUGUACAAAUCCUUUGACAUUAAAGGUGCCCAAUGUACUCCUAAGAACAGAAAUUGUUGUGCAUUAACUAAUGCCAUUGGGGCAGCAAGUGGUGCUCUUUGCUGACAGUGCAUAUGUCCUCAAUUAUCUUCCCUUUGCAUAUGCAUAAAAUGAGGCACUGAACAUUGUCUUGCCAGUGCUUGCUGUCACCUCAUCUUCAUGGAUUAAUAAAACAAACUUCUAACAACACCCGCCAAUCAUCAGUUUCUCAAAAUAGAGAGGUGCCACAGCAUUGUGCCCUAUUUCACAGAGUCCAGCUAAUUUUUUUUUUUUUUUAAUGUGUGUAGUCACCAGCUUGAGAACUUCGUGUGAAACUUUUCAACAGGAGAUUUAGGCCCAUAUUCAAGAACACAACUUAAGUUGAAACCCAUGCUUGACUUGAUUUAUAUGACGCCUGUCGUGAACGCGUCAGAGGAAACGCAAUGAGCGUCCUGGGCGCAUUCACGCUAGGCGUCACUCAGAUUAAGUCAAGCAAGGGCUUGAACUUAAGUUGCGUCCUUGAAUACGGCGGUUAGUUUGGUGAAAGUAUAUUGUUAGGUACAAAGUAAUUGUGGUAUUGUCAACCACUUUCCUUUUUAUAGUUGUUUUUAUGUGGGAACUACACAAUUUUUUCUACAUGUUUGCAUGUUAGCUCUUACAUAGCACUACUUUCAACAAUUUCUUUCUACGUGUUUUAACGUCCUAGACUAAGCAUGCUUUUUUUUCAGCAUAAUCAUGUUCUUUGGCUUCUCUUCUAAACUCACUUGGUGAAAUGCGAUAGACAGCAUGGCGGCCGGCGCUUUUUGUGCCAGUGGUGAUCGCUGGGUGAUCGCUGAUGGGGCCGAAUGCAGUUACGAUGCAUCGAAAAGAUUCUCGCUUUCAUCUGACACAAAAAUGCAUCAUCUCAGUGUCACCAGCGCUCAUCGGUGGUGCAAAAAAGUGCCGGCCGCCAUGUUCUCCGAGUAUCGUGUUUCAGUCGCAGAGACACACAAUGCAUACUAAAGCAAUGUUACAUGCAGCAAGAAAGUGUGACAUUUUAAACAUGCUUAAGACCUUUGCACAUUCAAUCAUUGAGAGCAUACCAUGCUGCCAGAGUCUCAAGUUCAGUGCAAUUAGUUCAAGUGAUCAUUGAAAUUACCUUUUGUUUCAUAGUUGUGGAUACAUGCAGCUUCUUGAAGAGUAGUUUAAACUAGUUGUAUAACUACUAUGUUAGCUGCUGCCCAUCACUGUAGCUAGGAUAUAGACGUCUUACUGCUGGUACAAGCAAACAGUGUUUAGGGGAGAUUUGUUCCAUAUCAUAUUCACCAGUAGCAUGCUUGAUAGGAGUUUCAGAAAUACUGUUUAGCCACCUGGAUUUAGCUACAGCAGCUGUAGUUAUGAGUCAUUGACUAGCAGCUUGCUGAUGACAGGAGUUGAACGUUCACUCUAGUUGGCAUAUAGGCUUGGUUUUUGUUUUUGUAGUACUUAUUCUUUUUUAUCCUUUUGACAAACUGAAGUGCACCUCUUUUGUCUACUGCUUUCCUUCAAUCUCUGAAACAAUCCUUGCUUGCAGAUGUUCCUAAAACAGGUGUUAGGCCAUUCAAGCAAUAAUAGCAGCAGAGUGAACCCACUUAUACCUCUUCUUUUUAAAAAAAAUUGUUGCAUGUUUGUGCAAGCUCAAUGCUUUUCGACACUGCGUUUUUAUUGUUGUGAAAAAUAAAGUGGCAAAGAGGCUGUUAAAGCCAUGCGCUUCUGGCACAGACAAA